AUGAUACUUCAGAUUGUCAUUUUCUUAGCAAUUGUUUACUUAAUAUUAUUCUUUAUUGUUCGUCCUCUUGCUCAAAAGAGAUUUGCACCGCCUCUUACAAUGAAAACUCCAACAGCAAAUCCAAAAUUUGAUAAGAAUUUCAAAUUUGGAGGCUCAACAUCUGCUUGGCAAGUUGAAGAUAUCAAAGAAAAGAGUAACUGGUCACUCUUCGAAGAAAAGAAGAAGCCAAAUGGAACUCCAUGCUGCCCACCACACAAACAUGCAUGCGAAAGCAUCGAAAGGUUUGAUUCUGACCUACAACUCAUGAAAGAUCUCAAAUUUACAUCCUAUCGCUUCAGUGUUUCAUGGACUGCUGUCAAUCCAGAAAAAGGAAAAUUUAAUCUCGAGUAUUUACAGAACUACGUUACAAUGUGCAAGAAACUUAGAGAGUCUGGCAUCGAACCAAUGCUAACUCUAUGGCAUUUUGAGAAUCCUGCAUGGGUAGAACUCGAAGGAGGUGUGCUCGGACCUCAUUUCAAAGAAUACUUAACAGAGUUCACGACAAAAGUCAUUGAAGCAGUUAAAGAUUGCUGCACAUGGUUUAUUACUAUUAAUGAACCAGUUGUUUUCGCAAAUUUAGCUUAUAAAGAUGGAGUUUUCCCUCCAGGAGAGAAAAGUUUGACGAAAUUCUUUGCCUGCUGCUCAUCAUUUAUGGAAUGCCAUGUUCAAAUGUACAAAAUUAUCCAUAAUUUGAUUCCAGAUGCAAAAGUUUCGAUUGCAAAGCAUACAAUACCAUUCUAUCCAAUGCAUAAUUGGUCCGUUCUUGAAUCCAUUGUAUGCAACAUCUUAAAUAACUUCAAUACAUCGAUUCUUGAUGCAUUUGAAACCGAAAUCAUUAAUUACAACGUCGUUGGUAUUCCAAUUUACAAGAAGAAGAUCGAAGGACUUAAAGAUACACUUGAUUUCAUCGGAAUCAACCAUUAUUACUGCACUUGGGUCUCAAUUAAUCCGAAAGAUUGGGAUUCAAUGGUAUUUUUACCUCCACCAAUGAGCCAGAAUUUGAGUAAUUACGACCAUUCAGACUUUGGCUGGAGUUUGUGCCCAGAAAGCCUUGCAAUUUCAGCAAAAUGGAUUCAUCAGGGCUGGAACAAGCGAAAUUUGCCAAUUGUCAUCACAGAACACGGAAUUGCAGAUGAAAAGGACACAAAGAGACCAUGGUUCCUUGAACAAAGUCUUUCUCUUCUUAAUGAUACAAUUAAAGAAGAAAAAGUUCCAGUUAUUGGAUACAGCCACUGGUCAUUCCUCGAUAACUAUGAAUGGGCUGAAGGUUACAAGAUGAGAUUCGGCAUUGUCGAAGUCAACCAUGACACACAAGAGAGAAAAAUAAGAGAGAGCGCUUUACUCUACAAGAAGAUUAUCGAAAAUUCAAAAUAA